GCCCGCUCGUGAUGAGAGCACAGUCGACUGCGCAACUCUUGCGUGUGCUGGUUGCAAUUACGCUGCAAUUACACUGUGCCUGACGCAGUCCGAGCGCAAUUUGCGUCCUUAGACAACUGCGAGCAUCAACUCUGUGAGAGCUUGCUCUGCGAGACGCCAUCAGCGCGUAUCAGUAAGCACCUGACCGCUCAGCACAGCACGAUGCUCGUCAUCGGCGCGCUCAUCAUAACGGGCGCUACCUUCCUGCACGGCGCGCGGCGCUGGCGCCGCGAGUCGGCGACGCGCAUUCUCCUGGCGCCUGGUGCCUAUACGCAGCCUCAUCCCCGCCCGACGUCCAUCUCCAUGCCUUUGUUAGCAAACGGCAUCAACGCCAACCACAGCGUAUGGCUCGACGCCGGCGGGCGGCACAUCGACACCGCAUUUAUAUAUGGAGACGACCAGCAAAAGUCUAUUGGAGAGGCCAUACGACGGAGCAAUAUCAACAGAGGCGACCUCUUCAUCACCACGAAAGUCGCCUGCUGCCCGACGCUGCGCUGCAACAAGUUUUGUACCUCGUCGAAUGACGUGAGCGCCUACGACCCGGCCGCGCAGCUGAACCACUCUAUAGAGUUGAUGGGCCUCGGAUGCCCUCCGGCAAGAUUUGCGCAUCGGAAGAGCCACGGCUACGCCCGGUCGACGUCGUGCGGCUUUGUGGAUCUGGCCCUGUUGCAUUUUCCCUGUUCGAGGUUCGAGGACACGUUGCGAGCGUAUAAAGUACUCGUCGACGCGCGGGACCGGGGCUUAACGCGGGCCAUUGGUGUUUCGAAUUUCAACGCGUCGUUGCUCCAAGCGCUGCUCGACGCCGUCGAGGCGCCUUCUCUAGGCAAGGCUGGGGCGCGGCCCGCCGUCGUGCAGAACGCGUUCUCGGUGGCGGGUCAUCCCGCAUCGCACGACGGCGUAGGAAACGCUUGUUUGGAGGGUUCGCGGUUGUAUGGUUCGACGGACGAGACGCUGGAGCUCGCUCAUCGUGCAGGAAUCGUUUUCCAGGCCUAUUCGCCUUUGGGCGGCGUGUCGAACGUCGACGUGCUCGGGCGGCGCGAGGUCCGACGCAUCGCCGAGAAGUAUGGGAGGACGCCGGCGCAAGUCGCAAUGCGGUGGCUCGUCCAGCAGCGCGUCGGCGCCGUGUCGGCGACGGCCAAUCCUCAACAUGCGGCCGAGCUCCUCGACGUCGCGCGGUUCCGGCUGGCGGACGCCGACAUGGCGGCGUUGUCGGGGUUAACAUGAGUUUAUAGUUA